AGCCGAUGGCAGUACAGCAAGUGGGUCAAUCAAUCUGCGUGUGCAGAGCUUUGAUGAGUGUUAAGCCCUCAUUUGCGCGAUGGGCUUUCUCCUUGUGGCCAAGUGUCCUCCCAAACAUCCCAAUGACUGACCUUCAUGGAAAAGUGAUGGCCCUCAGUGAGGCUUUCCUAUAUGAAUUAAUGACAUUUUUCUUAAUAUGCAGUAUACACUCUGAUUAUGAGAGUCAUGAAGUCAAAGCCGGCGGAAGAGAUUUAAUCCUUGGUCCAGAAAGCCUAGAGACUCGCUAAUCCCAUCAUUGUUAUUUAAUGAGACGAAUACACCUCUAUUUGUGACGCCUACAACUAUUAGAGCACCACCCUGUGUCAAAGGACUACCUCUGAAGUCAUUUUAUCAGAUGUAUUUUUCAACAGUAGGGGAACAAUGCACAUACGCUGCUGAGAUAAAUGUACUAUUUGGUAGUAACGGAUUGGCAGUGGUGCACAAGCAAAAAUAACCAAAACUCAACACAUGCGUCGAACACUGCUUUAAGGGGAACAAAAGGUGAUGCUUCAGGCAGCUAUACUUUUCAUAGUAAAUAAAAAUGACUAUUUCAAACAACCAAACUGAAAUGUUUAAUUAUUAGAAAUGCAAUGAGCCAAAUAAAGCAUACACCCCAAAUUUAACAUGAUAAAUUGAUUGUAUUUGUAUGUAUUGUAUAACAGUGAUUAAUUUUGUAUCGUAUUUAAAUUGAUUGCAGGAAUGAAGAAUGAGUUAAUACAGUUUUAUCAGUUGUAUAUAUAUUUUUUACAAAUUGUGCUAAUUAAAUAUGAAUUGUCUUUCAUUUAAACGAAUUACAGUAUUUGUUAUUAUUAAUCGCAUCAACCGUCGGCAGUUUAAAUGAACACCAGUAAUUUUGCUUAAAUCCAUCAUCAUCAAUCAUCAUAGUCCAAUGUGCCUAGAGCAGUGAUUUCACUUGCUCAUACCACCCGAGGUGGCAAGCAUCACGUUGGCUGUCCCAAUUAAAUUAUGCGGCCAAAUAACCACACUCUUUGACAUGAGUGGGAUAUCAAAUAAUAAUGUUAUUAGCCCUAUUCCCCCCUGUCAAUACCUUGCUACUACCGAACAACAAAUCAACAUAAACGGUGCCAAUUUCUGCUCCGGCCUAUCAAUCAGCAUCAGCAAUUCCAGCCGCGACCAAAUCCACUGCUGGAUGGAGGAGGGAUCAUCGAAUUUCCUCGGGUACGAAUUUCAACAUCAAUAAAAAUCGUUCUCAUUGUCAACAGUGGAAUUGACAGCAUGGGGCCACCCCGCCACUAAAGUGGCUUGCUGACUGGAUCCGGUUCCCGCCUCUGACGUUUAAACUCCCAGCGAUCCGGAUCCCGGGCUCUUAACGUUGAGCAGCGAGUGGCGUCCGCAAGCGGCGUUCUCGUCGUCGUCCUCGUCGCCCUCGUCGCAAUGCGGGCACGGCCAGGUAAUGACAACAAUGAACUCGGUUUUUUAAGGACAUUACUUCUAAGUGAAGAUGGAAAAUUACAACACACCAUGUUGAAGGAUGUUGUUAUCAUUUAAGAAGGAAGACAUUGUUGAUAUACAUAAAAAAAACACAUUCUAUCAUCCGGCAUUAACUAGUUUCAUUUUAAUGACAGACACUAGCAGCUGCUUUGUUAAUUGAAUGAGAUCGUGAUGGUUCAAGUAGAAAGUAUUUAGUGCUUCUCAACUGAUUUACCGAAGUGCCAAGCAAGAUGUCCUACACGUACGUCAUUCUUCAAAACAACCUUGGGCUUCUCCAGGGAAGAUUAAUACAUCAUUAGUGUGCCUCGUUGAAGUUAGGCACAUCUUACCAACACAAAAAAACCUUUAAAACGCCUCGCAUCUAAAAUGUCUUUUGCUUCACAGAGCAUGUUAAAUUACUUGCUAAUUGUUACAUAGUUAUCACCCAGUAGGUCAGUUUAUCCUCAUGGCUGUAUUUGUUCCAGUUUUCUGAUAUCGAGCAACGCUAGAAAAAACACAAUUUCAUUGCAUUUUUUGAAGACUACGAGACCGAGGACAGCCUUUGUGAGUUCCAAAGUGCGCGAGAGCCUGCCUCAUCGUAAACUGGAAGUGAUUGCAACGCUGCACGCGAUGGAGGCGGGCAAGAUAGCCGGGUUGUACGACUUGGAGAAGACACUGGGACGCGGGCACUUUGCCGUCGUGAAGUUGGCACGCCAUGUUUUCACGGGGGAGAAGGUGGCCGUGAAGGUCAUCGACAAGAGCAAGUUGGACCCUAUGGCCACCAGCCACCUCUUCCAGGAGGUGCGGUGCAUGAAGCUGGUGCAGCAUCCCAAUGUGGUGCGACUCUACGAGGUCAUCGACACUCAGACGAAGCUCUACCUCAUCCUGGAGCUGGCCGACGGCGGGGACCUCUACGACUACAUCAUGCGGCACGAAGGGGGCCUGCAGGAAGAGCUCGCCAAGACGUACUUUGCCCAGGUGGUCCACGCCAUUUCGUACUGCCACCGCCUGCACGUGGUGCACCGGGACCUGAAGCCAGAAAACGUGGUGUUCUUCGAGAAGCAGGGCCUCGUCAAGCUCACCGACUUCGGGUUCAGCAACCUCUUCCAGCCAGGCACCAAGCUGGCAACAAGCUGCGGUUCGCUCGCCUACUCGGCACCCGAGAUCCUGCUGGGCGACGAGUACGACGCGCCCGCCGUGGACAUCUGGAGCCUCGGCGUGAUCCUAUACAUGCUGGUGUGUGGACACCCGCCAUUCCAGGAAGCUAACGACAGCGAGACGCUCACCAUGAUCAUGGACUGCAAGUACACGGUCCCCGCGCACAUCUCUCGCGAGUGCAAGGACCUGAUCGCUCGCAUGCUGCAGCGCGACCCACGCCGCCGCGCCUCGCUGCAGGAGAUGGAAGGCCACCCGUGGCUGUGCGGCGUGGACCCCUCCCCAGCCGCCAAAUGCAGCACCCCGCUCAUUUCCUACAAGAGCCUGUCGGAGGACGAGCACAAUGGCAUCGUGCAGCGCAUGGUGCUGGGCAGCAUCGCCGAACGUGACGCCAUCGUAGAGGCACUGGAGGCAGACCGAUACAAUCACAUAACGGCCACGUAUUUCCUGCUCGCUGAACGCAUCCUCAAGGACAAGCUGGACAAGCAGAUGCAGAGCCCUCGCUCUGGAAGCCCUAGCGCUGCCACCAAAGCGCACUUCAGACAAUCGUGGCCAGCGCGGAUCAACAUCUCCCAGGAAAUCGCCGAGCUGUCUGGGCCCGGGACAUCGGCCGGCCCCCAGGGCUCUCCCGCCGAUGGGUCAUCCCAGCCAUCCAUGGGAACCUUGACGCCGGCACGGCCAGCCCCAUCUCCUGGUGGCACCGGCGGGGGGGGGCGCAAGUCCGUGGUGUUCACCGUCGGAGAGGGCGAAGAGGAGGACGAGGAGGAGGAGGAGAAGAUGGAGGCGAAGAGGAAACAGCAGCAGGCCGUGCAGGUGGUGCUGCGUCGGCGCCCGUCGCUCAUGUCCCGCAUCACGUCGCGCAAGAGCGCCCCGCUCCUCAACCAGAUCUGCGAGGAGGCGGAGGGGGGCGAGGGCUGCGAGUCCGAAGAUGAGCUCAGCGUCGGCGCAGCGCUCGCUCCGCAGCUCAACCGCCUGCGCAUGAGCCUCGCCUCGCCGGGCACUGCGCACAAGCGCUACCCACGUGGCCGGCGCACGGCCGGGACCGGCCGGCCCUCGCCGCCCCACGGCCAGUCGCCCGACAGCCAUGCCUCCCGGCCUCAGCCCAUGCACCAGCAGGGCUGCAGCAGCUCCGAGACGAGCGACGACGACAACAACAACAGCGGCGGCGGCAGCGGCCUGACGGGGCAGGGCCAGCACGAAGAUGGACCGCCAGGCGGGAGCGGCGGCGGCGGCGGCGGAGGAGGAGGCGACAGGGGCGGCGGCGGAGGUGCCGGAGAGAGGCCAAGUCACGGGGGAGGCGGCGGCGGGAGCAAUCAAGGCGGCGAGGGUGGCAGCACUCAGCCGGGGGGCGGCAGCGCCAACGGCGGACGAAGCGGUGGCGGGGCCAGCGGCGGCGGUGGCUCCGCCCCCCGGGUGGCGUCCUGCACAGGCGUACAGGAGGUGUGCGUGUCGGACAGGAGCGGCGGUGGUGAGGCCUCGGACUGCGCUCGACCCGCUCGCGGCAGUAAGAAAAAAAGGGGCAGCCACGGCACUGGAGGAGUGUCCCUGCCCCCGGGUGCGCUGUGCAGCUGCUCCGUGUCUCGGACCUCCCUGGAGACCGUGCACGAGGGUGGGGAGGUAACGGAGGCUCUAGCGCAAGAUAAUUGGCAGACGCUAUAUGACCACGUACAGGAACAGGCCGAGUGCUCUGAAAUUACAGACAUCAAUAUGAAUCCAACUGCUGCCAUUUUCGAAAGGGCCGACCCAUCUUCAAUGGACUGUGACAAAUCGGGACCGGUAAUCGAUGCUGCUUCGCACGAUGACAUUUCAUAUGGAAACAUCGGCAUUGCCAACAGCAGCCCUUCCAAUCGCAUCAAAUUACAAACUUCUCUCACGGACAUCAUGGAAACGGAGUCUUGUGGGCGUCCAGCUGGCGAUGAUAUUUCUGUCUGCAGUGCUUCGGACGCAGCACCAAGCAAGGAGGCGCAGUCUAGCACCAUCGUUACCGACAUGUCAGCGCCGUCCAGGCAAGAACCUAGCUGCCCUACUGAAAAUGCCGGCAGUAAAGGCGGCGUCCCAUCAGGCGGUCGUAGAACAUCCACAAAAGCAAAGGAAUCUUUGGGUUCCCCCAACAUUGGAAAACGAAGGGAGAGGUCGUCCAGCGUCACGGUGUGUGUCACCGAGGACGGUUACAGAGAAGAUGCCGAGGGCGCGGUUGCCACGGACGCCAACGCGAACAGGAAGUUGGGCUCGGACGCUGGGCAGGACAGGAGGCGCCAGCUCCUGGUGCGGAAUGGGGCACUGUCGUCGUCGUGCGCCGGAUGGCGGGCCGUGGCGCCCUUGCCGGCGAGCCACUUGAGACGCUGCAGCAGCGAGAGUUCGCUGCUGUCCGGGGACUGCUGCCUGCUGUUGCGCGGUGGGGGGCUCACGGGUGCCGGGACGACGACGGCGGCGGUGGCGGCCGGAGCCAGGUUGAGUCUGGCGGCCGAGCUCCGAGAGAGCCUCAAGAGGGGCCUCGCGCUUGGCGGGCGCUCCGCCGUCGGGGGGGGCCGCCGGCCGGUCCGGGGAGGGGGUCUUUCUCGCCGCGCUCAGCCACGUCACCUGCUGUCAGGUCGUUUGACGCGGCCCCGCCGACCUUACGCGCGCGGCCCUUGCUGUUCGGACCGAGUGACGGGGAGAGCGUGGGUUGAAUCUCACAGCGGGCUCUGUGGAUACCGUGGGCUUAAAGGGAAGGGCACUCGAUUUAUAUAAACGCUGAGUUACGGAGAGGAAGCCUUGACCGCGCAGAGUUUGAGAGUUGACCUGGUUUGAUACAAAGUCGCUUAUCCGGGGCAGGAGAUGUUUUUUCCUCGCUUCGGUUGCAUGUGGCUGAACACUGGAAGGUUCCUUAAGAAAGGUCAAAGGAUGCAGUAUCUGGCCAAUAGUGAGCAGGAGGAAACCCACAACUGUAAAACUUUGAAACUACCAUCAUACAUUUUCAGCACUACAGGUCUGAUAAGUCACAGUGAAAAAUGGAUACAAAUAAGUUAUAUUUUAGAAAAAAAAUAUUUAUAGUUGAGAAACCCUACUGACCAUUUCCACUGUUUCCUGUACCAGUGUUAAACACAAAAAUCAUUUCUGCUUACAGCCACAAUGUAUUUAUGACUGUCACUUUGCGACUGCAACAGUUACUAUAUCUCUCUAAACUUCUCGCAAAUGGGUUAAAAUGCCUUUUAAGUAGACUACGUAUAAGCACUGUGCUUUGACGCUGGCUAUUUACUCGAAAAUUUAAAAUGAAUAUUCGAGGAUCUUUUAUCUACGGAUGCUCAAGUUAAAUCGCAGCGCCAGAAUUUCCUGCAUGAUGUGAGCUAGAGGAGACUGAUUAUGCAUUGAAAGUAUUUACACAUUUACUUGUUUGGAAAAGACUGGUAUCUAAAGGCAUUAGGUCAGAAUGUGAGGUGCGCACCUGAUAAAUCGACAGUGCUAAAUAUGCAAUGUUUAUUUUGAUUUUACACGUAGCCAGCUCUUUUUGGGUUAAUUUUUGUUACUUUAGGGUGAUUUUUUUUUACAAACAUACAUUUAAGGAAUUUCAUUUGUAUUAAAGCAUUAUGUUUGCACAAAGCAUGCUAAAAUUAAUGUACGUUUUCGCAAGCUUCUUUUGGUUUUGUAUUAAGUUGCAAACUUUUAUUAUUCCCAAGUUUUAAAGCACACCGAUGUUAAACAGCUCGUACACACACAUCCUGUAAUUGAGUGUUUUUGUCACACCAUUAGACUGACAAGUCUCCUGUCGUACAUUACAGUGGCCCUCAAACCUGCCAAGCGUCAUGAUCCAAACAUAGAACAAAAAAUAAAGCUUCUUAUAGCAUUAUUUCGAUAGUGCCCAAGCCUAGCCUGCUAGGGUUUUUUUGUCCCUCUUUUUAGAACAGUUGGCCAAUUUUCCGACAGUGGGUAAAUCAGUGCACAGGGGCUGUGUUGGUGGCAGCGCUGCCGGUUGAUGGAUGACAGAGCGCCGAGAUUGAAAACGCGCUCUGCCAAGCCGGGGCCACUCGCUUACCUCAUCGGGGGGAUCGUUGUCAGCACUUAUUAAUAAUAACAACACGAUAAGCGUUUUUACUUUCUCAGAAGCGCUGCCAUCCAUCGACAGUGUCAUUUUUCCUGUGUGUGCAUCUGUCGGUCCGCCGUUGUAGAGCUUAUGUAUUUAAUAGUCUAUAAUAUAUAUGUAGACCGCAUAUAAUCUCUUUUUGUGGGAGAAAGGACAUCGACUGAAACUCGGCCAAAAGGGUUGACCUGUGUGUAUUUUGCUAUUAUUGUUUAACUUUUUAGAUAGCUGCAACUUUGCAACAAUUCUCUUCACAAGAGGGAUUAUGUUCCUCGUUUCCUAGCAUUGCAGCCAUUGCGCACCUGCACUGGUCGGCGAGAGAGCAAACUCUGCCCGAUGGAUUGCAUCGUCGUAUUUUACUCGACGGCAUAGUUCCAGAUAAUGCCAUCGUUUUCACGACUACGUGGCAAAUAUAUGCCGCCACCGGUGCACGCACGCAUGUGCACGCGUUCUCACUGGCCAACCACGCGCUGUAAUGAAAAAUCCUUCCUUGGCGUUGGUUCUGUUGCUAGAAUUUGGCACUGGACGAUGACUUUGAUAAUGAUAAUGCUAAAAAUUACCUUUGACCAAAUCGCCCCGGCAUGCACCUGAUCUCUUCAGGUUAACAGAAACUGAACGGGACUGAGUGCUAGAAUGGGCCGACGCCCAUUAAUGACGUGCGUUAAAGGCUAUAGACUCUGGGGGUGGGGGGGGGUGACCGUGUGCUGGACAGCAGAGGUCGUUGCAGCGAAGUCCAUUGUGCAUUAUGCUUCCACGUCUGUGCACCCAGCUUCCAUCAGCCCAGAUUGACCGCCUGGUGUGGGGAGGCCAUCAUCCAGCAGUGGAUUGCUAAAGGGCUGUACAUGCACAAAUACAAACCCGACAGUAAACCCCCUAUUCCUCGAUUGUAACUCAAACUCUCGGCUCAACCUUGGCCCAAAUAAUGAAGUCAAUCAUAAUUCAUAAUCUCGUUCAUACUUGCUGAACAAAAUGUUCCAGAACGUGAAUUGCACCAGCCAAUGCCUCAGGCGGUGAGUUUUUGGUACAUGGCCUCCAAAAGUUAUUCCCGUUUUGUGGGCUCUUGCAUUGAGGGUCGUCCCGUUCGCCAAAGUAUAAGCGACGCAGCUGCAGUGGCUGCUCUUUUCGACACGUGUGAUUGUAGUGCCAUUGCGCUGUUAGGAGAUCUCCAUUGCAGCCUCCGCACCAACACAUCUCGCCAAUUGCUGGAUUUUUCAUUGUUGAAGCUUCGCAUUUUGCAGUGCAGUGUCCUUGCCAGAUAGAUGGUCGCAUCAAAGCCAUAACUCAGCGAUGUACAUAUAAUUAACAAAACAUGCAGAGAAAACAGUCUGCAUUAUUCAUAAAAUAAGACUUUAUUUUUAAUAAUGCGCCUGGUGCAGCUGUGACAUCCGAGAGCGAUCGUACCUCUUGUCAUUUGUUGAGUAUUAUUAUUUGUUGUCUGAUUAUAUGAAUUCAAGUUGAUAGUGUACAUAUUUUAGGGCUUCUCAGGGAUUGAGGGCCAUGUUGUCAGAUAUGAAAUUCAGGACGGUGGUUUUAAAGAAUAUUGUUUUUCUUGUGUUUUUUUUGCUGUGCAUGGUAAAGAUAUGAGAAAAGUUGCUCUUUAGACUUCUGUUCACCAUUUUUAAUGUUUGCUCUGAGCACGAUGUUCAUUAAGCUCAGCCCUUUGACCACAAGCAGGGUUUUGUAAUUCAAAUUUUUACCUCACUUUUACUCUGUAAGGUCACCCCAUAUGAAAACACGUAUUAUCAAAAGCGCUGCCUAUUUUUGAGAAUUUUCAUCUUAAGUCCCGAUCCCGUUUUAUCUUGAAGACAAUGCGGAAAUGCCCUUUUACCUGGGAGUUACCAUUUCAAGCGUAUAAGCACCAUCCUAAUGAGCAGACCUCAUUCCAAACGCUAAUAAGUGCACUGUGACGUCCCUCGGUGGGGCCAUGCAGCAGCAAGUGAGGGGCUGUGGGGCAGUGCCACUUUAUUUUGAAUCUUGCAUAACAUUGGACAAUGGAUACAGGCUUGAUACACAAUGCACGGCUCUACAACUGCAUGUUGCUGCUGUAUAGGCGAAGCGUGUUAAAAGCGUGGAAUUCAUUUUGCAUACAACUGCGUGUUUGUUCAGGUUAGCUAUCAGCGCUUUAAUUUGGAUAGGAUCACUUUAUUGCAAGGUGUGUGUUUGUUUGUUUGCAUCGUGUUUCCCGAUAUUCUAUAUCUAUCGUAUGCACAACCCACUAUAAUUUAACCCAACGUUAUUGUUGUAAGUACUGAAUAAUAAUAAUAAUGAAUUGAUCAUUGUGAGCCCCCGCGUUUUAAAUAAAAGCACAUCUCAACGGAGUCUGGUUUUCUACAUCGGUGGGACAUUAUGCCAUGGUCGACUGACAUCAGUUUUAAAUUCAUUGGGCAGGGCUGUAACACUUUUCUAUCAAUGAAUUGAGCUGCGCCUCGAGCAGGCACACAAAGCAUUCGUCCGUGAUAACAUGGAACAUGUGGGUAUAUGUGGCCAACUACUUUUGGAGAUAUACUAGUGGCCGAUCAUAACGCCACAGCAGAGCCGUGAUAGCUAGGCUCGAUGUCCUUAUGUUCUGUGGCUGUAGGUUGCAUGAGUGGACAGGUCAACUCAUGUAGUUGUGUUUAUAAAGGAUCUCAAUUGAGGUUUGAUUCUAGCUGCUGCCAUGCAGCUGCUUAGUAAGCCUGUGUGAGAGGUUUUUGGUGGAAUUAACAUGCCAUGAAUAACUGGUGGAGAAUUCGUAACAAUCAUUGUUCUUAACCAUAACCAGGUUAUAUAUUUAAAUACUCUUCAUGAUGGCACUCCACGACAUACAGCAGUCAGAUAUUUGCUUUGAAUCGGUUAAAAUUUGACGUUCUGGCUAGUGAUAUUUGGCUUUCUUCCUUUGUUAUUGUACGUUCUCUAAAAUGGCAAAACACCAAAUGGCUGGCCAGGUGGACAGUCUUAAUUAAGCACAGACAAUAAACAAUCCCUACAUUUGUGAAUGGCUUUCUAGAUGUUCGCAAAUCAUCCAUGUGGCGCUCGAGUACAUUAAACAACUGCAUCUCUCCACGCUCAUUAAAUGUGUUGGUCCAUUAACUGGCCUGGCAUGAUUACAGCUUCCGUUCAGGUUUGACUUCAGGACUGAUCACAGCUGCAGCUGGAUGUGUUUUGGGCUGGGCCAGAAAACGUGGCGCGUGGACUUGGGAUCGUGGGUAUCACCAUGGAUUUAUUGGGCCUAAGAAUAUGGAGGAUUCCUUGAUCUUAAGCGUGGAGGAGUUUUUUCUGAGUGGGGCGUUAGUAGCCUUUGCUGUUGCACUUGGGACAACAGUAAUCCAAUCUGAGAGGCGGGGGGGGGCUUCCUAUUGCUAAGCUGAUAAAGUCAAGAUGAUUGGCAAAGUGGUGCAAAGCAUUGCAGUGUCUAAACGUGCCAGUGCGAAAUAUUGUUUAUCUUUUGUGGUGCUCGCUAGGUUUUGACCAACGGUGCGAUUCGUGAACGAAGCAUAUUUCGGCUGGAACCCGACUGUGAAUUCACGAAUUUACCCCAAGUGUCCAAUUUAUUAUUAUUUUAUUUGGAACUUGUAUUUUUUUCUCAUGUUGUCUUAUAUUGUAUACAGUACUUCACUUUGUUCACCCACCUAAAAAAAAUGUGCCCUCUGUGUCACAGAGAGCGUUGAAUGUGUGGCAGCCGACCGAUGCUCCAGCGUGCACGCGUGCUGCGGGUUUCUAUAUUCGCAAAAAAUGUAACUUGUAACACGCUCUUUGACAUUGUACAUACGCGAGUUUUUUUUUUAUAUAUCAAAGCAAGCUUCUGGCUAUAUAUGGGGGUUGGCGAGAUUGUGUGUGUGCCUGCACGUGUGUAGGUACAAGCGAUGGCUUGCAAAUGUGAAUUUGAGCCGUCUGGCCGAUGUGUAUAUAUGAUUGAUUGCAUGGCAUGGUGAAAACGCUUUGCUAUAUUUAAGUUUUUAUAUUAACAAGCAGAUGUAUUGUAUUACUAACUAUACGUCCUUGCAUAUAUUGUAAACUAUUUGUGUAAGCUGUCGGUCUGGACCAAAAUGUUUGCAGUUAUGUUUGUGUCCAGUAUUCCUUUCUGAAGUUUCUGUCGGUAGUCUGUAUGGGCAUUAUAUUAAACUUGCCAUGAUCAUGCCA